AUGAUCCCGGUCGGAUUUCUCCCAAUUUCUCCCAGAGUUUGUGGGACCGUUCACGGCACGGUGGCUGCACACACGGCCAGCGAGAAGGCUCCUGCGCGGCUCGGAAGCUUGGGUGGGUCGAUGCAGCGGGCCCCUCUCUGGGCUGCGCGGAGCAUCGGCGUGCGAGUGGAGGAGGAUGAUUGCGUCGAUGGCACGGUCUCUUGCCACUGGAUGUGUGCAGCCAACCGCGCGACGCAAUGUUUGGAGAUGUGGCGUAUUUUCCAGGCGUUUGGCCUUCCUGCGCGAGCUGGGCCUCACAGUUGGCCCUGA